AUGGCGGAGCCAAAGGUUGAGCAAACAAACAAGCCAGCAAGCUAUAAGCGCAUCAUCCUGUGCGCUGACGGCACAUGGCUGAAUUCAGACAGUGGUCAAAAGGCUGUGCCCUCCAAUGUCGCUAAAUUGGCACGAGCCAUCUCGAGGACCGGCAUUGAUAAGAAUGGAGAUACCGUUGAGCAGAUUGUGCUCUAUCACCCGGGCCUGGGAACUGGGGAUCUCCCAUUCCAAGCAGCCAUCUAUGGCGGGCUUGGCUGGGGUCUAGACAAUGACGUGUGUCAAAUCUACGACUUCAUUUCAAAUAACUAUGAUCGCAAUGCCGGCGACGAGCUGUUCUUCUUUGGCUUCUCGCGCGGUGCAUUUACGGCACGCUCAGUCGCGGGUCUCGUCACAGACAUUGGCAUCCUGUCACCGGUGAACAUGAAAUACUUCCCAGCAAUGUGGCGGGAGUACCGCAGGAACACGAGUGGUCAACCCUUCAGCAAAACAAAGUGGUUCCGAGAUCACAAGAGCCAGCUGGAUUUUACCGACAUCAAGAUCAAAGUGAUUGGUGUUUGGGACACGGUUGGAGCUUUGGGAAUUCCAAAUUGGCCCUUGGUGGAACUGUCUGCCAAACUCGGCUAUCCGCUCAACAAGCAGUAUGCGUUUCACAACACAAGGGUAUCCCCAAACGUGGACUAUGCAUUCCAAGCCUUGGCCAUGGAUGAAAAACGACUCACCUUUCCUCCUACACUUUGGCACAAGAGUGAGAACAGUCCUGCCAAAAGGCUAGAGCAGUGCUGGUUCCCCGGCGUCCAUGGCAACAUUGGCGGCCAAGGAGACUUUUGGCACGCCUUUGGUGACCAUGAAGAGAUUGGCGAUAAUACAUUUGCAUGGAUGGUGGACAAUCUCUCACAAAUGCUCACUUUUGAUAAAGACGCCAUCACUGAUCUCGUUCACGAACACAGCAAGGCCCUCGAUGGUAUCAAGCCUACCAACGGCUGGGGCUGCGGACCAAUCAUUGACAACUUUACUGGACUGCAAGGCGCCUUUUUCCGCCUUCUAGGGAGACAAGACCGCACGCCUGGCGAGUACCCGCGCGACCCGGGCGAUGGCACGGAUGGCGCCACAAACGAAUUCUUCCACCCAACUGUCCGCAUGCGCCGAUACAAGGUCACAAAAUGGAACCCACCCCCUCUGCAAGGUUAUGAACUCCAGGAGCCUGAUGCCAAUACCGGGUGGAAGUGGAGCAAAGAUGGCAAACGACCUGUGCCCGAGUAUGAGAUGAAGACGAACAAGACCAUGAGCUUGGCCGUGCAAGACCCUUAUGAUCGCAAAAAGAUACGAUUCGUGACUGGGGAGAGCUUGUCAAGGAAGCUGUGUCCCACGGAUAUCCUGUCGGAUCUGGACAGGGAUAAUGCGAACGCUAGCAGAGCCGAGCAAAACAGUUCGGGUCCGGGAGUGUUCCACUUGUCAUAG